AUGAGUUCAAGAGCUCGAAAAAUAGUUUCAUUAGCAGUGAAAUCUUUGAACGAGGAAGAUUCUCAACAGGCAACAUCGUCUGCUGAUCCAGACCCAUCAUCGCAGGAAUCACCCUGCACCCGAAAUUCUCCCUUACUUCCACAAGCAGCAGGUUCAAAUCAAAGAAGCAGGGCAUAUAUUAUAUCGUCUUCAGAAUCUGAACCAUUUGAGAGUUCUGAAGAUUCAUACAGACCUUCAGAUGACGAGGUUGAAACUCCCAACGUGUUGUCAGAAAGUGAAGUAUCAAGUGAUGACGACAAAAAUGAUAAUGGCAACGUUGCGGAAACAGACGAUUUGGACAGGUGGGGACCUUGUACGGAACUGCCAGUCACUUUCCAAUUCACUAGGCAAAGUGGUUCGAAAAAAGAUAGCUUGGAUUUGAAUAAACCAUUUGAUAUAUAUCAACAGUUUAUAACAAAUGAAAUUAUUGAUCUUAUUGUUUCGGAAACUAACAGAUAUGCAUCGCAACUGAAGUCCAAACCACUUCGACCUCGAUCAUUAUUGCACAAAUGGGUAGACACAAACAGAGAAGAGAUGCAAAGAUUCUUGGCUGUUCUACUGAUUAUGGGCAUCAAUGAACUUCCAAAAAUGCGCUUAUAUUGGUCAAACGACGAAAUAUAUGGAAACGAUCUGAUCAAGAAAACCAUGACACGGAACCGAUUUGAUAUGAUGUUGAGGUGUUUACAUUUUACAGAUAACACUGAUCCCGAAGCCAAUGCCGACAGGCUCUCUAAAAUAAAAACUGUCGUUGAGCUAAUUUGUCGCCAAUUCCAAGAGACACUUACACCAAACGAAGAGGUCGUGAUAGAUGAAAGUAUGGUGCCUUGGAGAGGCAGGUUAGUAUUCCGGCAGUACCUUCCUGCGAAAUCACAUAAAUAUGGUGUGAAAAUAUAUAAAGUGUGUACAACAGAAGGGUACACCUAUGACUUGCGAAUCUACGCCGGAAAAAACAUUUCAACUGGUGUCACAGCACAAAAUGGGAAGGGACACACAUAUAACAUCUGUAUGGACUUACUGAAAGACCUCAAACAUGAGGGACGCAUAUUAUAUAUUGAUAACUUUUACACCAGUGUGCAACUGUGUCGCGAUCUUCUGCAAUCUCACACAUAUGUGUGUGGAACUCUACGCAGUAAUCGAAAGGGAAAUCCGAAAACAGUGUGCACGAAAAAACUGAAGAGGGGAGAAGUUUAUGGCCAACAGAAUCAAGAUGGAAUUCGUGUAUUGAAGUGGGUAGAUAAACGACCUGUUUUGAUGAUUAGUUCUGUUCCGGCUCAUGCAGCUUGCCUAGUACCAACGGGUAGGAAAAACCGAAAUGGAGAUGAUAUAGUCAAACCACAUGCAAUUAUUGCUUAUAACAAAGCAAAAAAAGGUGUUGAUGUUUCGGACCAGAUGUCCUCUUACUACACUUGUCUGAGAAAAAGCCUAAAAUGGUGGAAAAAAAUGGACAUGCUUAGGUUCAGAGAAAACGUUAUUCAUGGGUUGCUGAACCAAGGAGAUGCAACUACUAGUGCAGAUAUACAAGGUGGAGGCGAUGGACCCAUGAAUGAGAAUUUGGAGCACUCAAGAAAGAGAAAGCGGUCGAAGUCGCAACAUAAGAUUGGGAAGUAUGAAGGGAGUGCAAGAAAAAACAGAAGAAGGUGCAGUGCUUGCUACAAACGUAUCCAACAAGAGAUGGGUUCCAAAGAGGCGAGAGUAAAAGCAAAAAAAGUGCUUACAUAUUGUGUUGAUUGUGAUGAAAAACCAACUCUCUGUAUCUCUUGUUUCAAUGAACUACACAAAUAG